AAGCGAAGAUACAAUAUUUAUUCCGUGUCUCCUGGGAUGCUCCGCUCCGUCUAUUGUCCUCCCAUUCCUCAGUGCUGAUGCUUAAUUUUCAAAACUUCUAUAUUACCAAGGGACCUACGACAUCAGCCGAGAAAUACCCUGCAAGUACAAAAUCCGUGCGCCAGCCCCGUCCGUGCAGAGGGGAGACGCUCGCGUUCCGCCAGCUUUCUACCGUUACCGAGAGCGCGCGAGGGGGGACUUUUCCAUUUCUCUUGCUUUUUGGGGAUUUUAAGGCAUUUUUAUUAUUAUUCGAUCGGGCCAGAGAGGAGAGGAAAAAAACGGGUUACUUUGGAGAAAGCACAAUGUCAGCGACCUUCCCCGGACUUGUCCACGACGCAGAGAUACGUCACGACGGAUCAAACAGCUACCGGCUCAUGCAGCUCGGCUGUCUGGAGUCCGUGGCCAACUCCUCGGUCGCCUACUCCUCCUCCUCCCCGCUCACCUACCCGGCUCCAGCGGGGACGGAGUUCGCCUCGCCCUAUUUCUCGGCCAACCACCAGUACACUCCCCUGCACCACCAGUCCUUCCACUACGAGUUCCAACAUUCUCACCCGGCCGUGGCCCCGGAGGCCUACGGGCUGAACUCGCUGCACUCGGGUCAGUAUUACCAGCAGAUCCACCACGGGGAGCCCGCUGACUUCAUCAACCUGCACAACGCGCGCUCGGCCCUCAAGUCCUCGUGCCUGGACGAGCAGCAGCGGCGCGAGCUGGGCUGCCUCGACGCUUACCGGCGCCAUGACCUGUCGCUGAUGACGUCACACAGCUCGCAGGCCUACGGCGUCGGUAUGCACCAUCCGGACCAGAGGCUGCUGCCCGCCGCCGGCCUCGGCCUCCCUCCGGCCGCGGCGGACGACCUGCAGGGCUCCGUGGAAGCGCAGUGUGGGCUCGUGCUUAACGGCCAAGGGGGCGUCAUCCGGAGAGGGGGAACGUGUGUGGUGAAUCCUACAGAUCUGUUCUGCUCAGUACCGGGCCGACUGUCACUGCUCAGCUCCACCUCAAAGUACAAAGUGACCAUCGCUGAGGUGAAAAGACGACUGUCCCCGCCAGAGUGCCUCAAUGCCUCCCUACUGGGGGGCAUACUGCGCAGAGCAAAGUCUAAAAAUGGAGGCCGGUGUCUUCGGGAGAAAUUAGACCGUCUGGGCCUCAACCUGCCUGCAGGACGGAGGAAAGCUGCCAACGUCACACUGCUCACCUCCCUGGUGGAAGGUGAGGCGCUCCACCUGGCGAGGGACUUUGGCUACACCUGUGAGACAGAGUUUCCCAGUAAGGCAGUGGGGGAACAUUUGGCGAGGCAGCACAGCGAGCCAAAAGAAACCAGCGCACGCAAGAAAAUGGUUCUGGCUACAAAGCAAAUCUGUAAGGAAUUCCAGGACUUGUUGAGCCAAGAUCGUUCUCCUUUGGGCUCCUCCAGACCGACCCCCAUCCUCGAUCUGGACAUCCAGAGACAUCUCACACACUUCAGUCUGAUUACUCACGGCUUCGGCACGCCGGCGGUAUGUGCAGCUCUCAGCACCUUCCAGACAGUCCUGAGCGAGAUGCUCAACUACCUGGACAAAAACACCAGCGGGAAAACAAGUGGGCCCACCGACCAACAGAUCAACAACAGCUCAGAAAAGUCGCAGCUCCGGAAAACAGCUGAGCCCCAGAGCAAAGACGGAAAAACAGAAAAGACUGAGUAGCCCCCACCCACCUGGUCCCCGUGCCUUGGAGCGCUGCAUUUAGGAGUGUGUGUGUGUGUGUGUGUGUGUGUGUGUGUGUGUGUGUGUGUGUGUGUGUGUGUGUGUGUGUGUGUGUGUGUGUGAGGAUUUGUUUAUUCCCACACAUAACUUUAUCUUCUUUGGGACAGUUCAUAUUUAUUGUUAUUUAUUUAUCUUAUGUUGAAAUGUAACACUAACCGAAGUGUCCCAAACAAGACAUCUUCAUUUGUGAGUGAAAAUAAGUCCUCCAGUGUGAGUGAAUGUGUCCUGACGAGGAGGAGCCUCGCCACGGAGACAGCUGUAACUCAUCCAAGACUUUCUUUGUUUAUUUAUUAAUUCAGAAAACAUGAAGCAAAUAACACAGUUUUCCAGGACAGGAAAGGUAACUGCCAACACAAUGACACAAAUUAUACACACAAAUUAGGUGUUGGGGGCAAUUUGAUGUCAAUCCAGAUAAUUCAGGUGUGCAUACUCUGCAAAAAACAAAGCGGAAACAGAUUUGUUUCCCUCAAACUUGUUUUGCAAUAAAUUAUUGAGAUAAAUUUCAAGCACAAAAGUGCCAGUUUUGCUUCAAUUUUCAGCUGUCCAAAAAUUGAAGACAACCCUGACAUAGAACAACACACACACACACCCCUGUAGUCUUCAGAGCACUUGAGCCACAUCAAGCAUACAUAUUUUUAUUUUUACGCCGUACAAUCAGUGCCAACUUGUGUGUUUAUCAUGUGGAUGACAGAGAAAAAGAGGCUGUUCCUGGAGGUGCGACUGAUAUCAGCCACUGCCUGGGGUAGGCUACACUGUGGUGUGUGUGUGUGUGUGUGUGCGCGCGCGCAUGUGCGUGUGCGUGUGUGUGUGUGUGUGUGUGUGUGUGUGAUAGAUAAAGAGAAUGAAAGCGAGAGAGAAGGGUCCAACUCAGCCAUUUUGUAAAAGGUGACUUUGCGGUUGCCGUCGUUACUCUUCCCUGUGCAUGUCUAUCUUUGUACACUCCCCAGAUCGCAAGUUUAGCUGACACGAGCUCUCUGACCCACUCAUGAACAUUUGUAAAGAUAUAUAUAAAUAUUUAAAUUACUUUUCUUGUAGGCUUUCAACUAUAUAUAUGUUAAAUCCCUACCUUCUAAAAUGCUGGUGUUCAAUAAAGACAGUUGCUACGUGUUCUACAA